CAUCAAUUGUGCGGACGCUUAAUAAUUUAUUUCUUCAAAUAGUCAAUAAAAUUGCAAAAAAAUUAUAAAUAUUUAAAAAAAAUAGUGAAAAUACAAUAGAUAUUAUUAGCAUUAUUAAAAGUCGGUGAAAAUACUGCUUAAAAAUUAGAAAAAAAUUGCAAAUGAAAAUUUUCUUUAGCAGACAAGAAAGAAACGAAAAAAUUAAGUUUUUUAAUCGAAAAUUGAUCUCAUUGAGCUGGAAUUAAAAACUGCGUAAAAAAUGGAAUAAUUAAAGCGGGAAUCUAAUAAAACGUCAAACGCAAAUUUUCCUUACAACAACUACUACAAUUAUAAGAAAAUGACAACAAAUUCAACUAGCAGUGACUUGUAUUUGAGACCAUUACCCUAUUUGGAUACCAAAUGGGUGCGUGCCGAUCUUAUAGCCAGUCUGCGUAAUCCUGAAGAUGCUGCCAUUUUAUGGAAUAAUCUUAUACAGGAUUGUGAGUUGGUGUCGUCUCCCUCGUGGGCGGUGGUAAAUGCAGCUGGUAAUUUGUGUUAUCUGGGUGACGAUGGCAAACACUAUUGUGGUGUACAAAAACUACAAUGUUCCUGUUGCCCCAACGAUUAUUGCGGCCCCUUGUCGGCCUGUAAUUGCAGUGCUUGUCAUGCUUUGGAUUCAGAUGCAACUAUAAAAAAGGUGACUACGGCUGCGCAGGCUGCAGCGGCGGCAGCUCAACGUAUAGCCAGUGAUGCUAUCUUUGAAUCGUGGCUAUGGGGUCAAACUCCGAAUAAUGCAGCUAAAGUUGAGUGUCAGAAAACCUUGCUAAAUGAAUUGCACGACAUUUCUUUACAAGCUGCUGGCAAUUGUCUAUCUUCAAUACAUUUGCGUCAACAAUUGUUUAUCUAUGAGCGUUAUUUUGUCUCACUGGCUAGAUGUAAACAACAGCAUCAGCAGCAGCAACAACAGCAGCAGCAGGCACAAAUGCAACAACAGCAAACUUUGGAUAUACCGCUUUUGCAGCCACCACAACCAUCUAACUCUAAUAAUCCUUUUUUAAAUCCUUCGGAUAAAAAUAUGCAUAAAUUUCAAGAUGAUAGUCGUCUAUCAAGUCGUGAACGUUUUGCCAAAUUUGCCCAACAGUCAUCUUCGCAGGAAUUACGUUCGCCAGGACGAGAAAGUGAACGUGCCACUUUGGGUUUGGCUAGAGUAUGCACAAGGGCAGCUUUAAAUUUUUCAUUUUUCUUUUUGCGUCGUGCCUGGCGUUCGGGUGAAGAUACCGAAAUGUGCAGUGAAUUAUUGUGUGAAGCCUUAGAAUCUUUGCAGGAUCUACCGGAAGCUUUGCUUUUCGAUACAACACAGGUUUCACCCCUUUGGAUUGAAGUGUUAGAACGUUCUAUUAAAUUUCUACGUCAAGUUGCCUUAGGUGAUCCCAUGGGUAAUCGUUGUACAGCACCCAAAGAAGAUCGUCAUACUGCUCUUUGUCUACUACUUGAACUGGGAGCACAAAAAGGCAGUUUAGCUGCUUCUUUAGAAGCCGUAGUUCUACUUUUAACUCUCUGGGAUAAAGAUAAAGCUACAGAUGAUAAUCGUGAUGUACCACAAAAUGCUGGAGCUCCUCUGGUGCCCAUACUCAAACGUUAUGAAGCCAUUGGCAAUUAUGGUCUAACCGCCAACAACGCUCCAGACAUUUUACCCUCCAGUGCUACUGAAUGUUUCUUACGUUUUCUUACUUUACCCGAGCAGGAAACAGCGAAUGUAGACUUGAAACAAGCUGCUGUAGUUAUAAUCUCCCACUUGGAUCGUUUGGCCAAGCCACACAUGCCAACUGGACAUUCCAUACAAAUGCCCACAAACUUUGCCAUGAAUAAUGCACACAAUAAGACUUCAAUGGGUUCGUGUGGCAAAACCACUUCCCUGCCUAAUCAAAAUUCUCAAGAAAGUGUUUCCACCUCUAAUAAUAACAAUAAUUUGUCGGCCAGCAGCACUCCUCAGCUGCAUGAGCAGCGCAUCUAUGCCUUGGGUUGGCUAUCAUUGAAUCCUAAUCAAUACGGUUUUACUGCAGAGCCGGCUGUGGGUAUAUCCCUGCCAGGAGUCAAUAAUAUCUGUUCGCAAUAUUCAGCACCUGUUUUGAAUUUUUAUUUUCAAGUUCAACAGGUGGUUAUAUCGGAGGAAUAUGUGUUGUUUUUGACCCAGGAUGGUAAAAUGUAUACCUGGCGCAUUUCUAAACCGGAAACCGAACCCAUGUUGAUAGAAGAGUUGGCAGAAAUUCAUAUAAUAUCUGUAGCAGCUCAUUGCGAAGGCCGUCAUUAUUUGGCGGUGGAUAGUAUGGGUAAUGCUUAUUCCUGGGGUAAUGGUGUAGGUGGUCGUUUGGGUCAUGGUGAUACUUUGCCUCGAGAACUUCCUACAAAAAUCAUUAGCUUAGAGAGAUCAGUUAAAUCGAUUCAUGUGGGUUGCACUUACAGUGCAGCCAUUACCUACAAUGGUACCUUGUUUACCUGGGGCCGUGGCACCUAUGGACGUUUAGGUCAUGGCAAUUCAGAUGACAAAUUAUUACCCACUCAAGUAUCAGCUUUAGCAGAACAUAAAAUAGUGGAUGUAGCUUUGGGCAGUGGAGACGCCCACACUUUAGCUGUUACUGCCUCAGGCUUGGUAUAUGCUUGGGGUGAUGGUGAUUUUGGCAAACUAGGAAAUGGUUCCUGUAAUGGCUCACAAUUGCCACAACUUAUCGAAACUUUACCUCGAGUACAGCGUGUCUUUGCGGGAGCUCAAUUUUCGGUGGCCUUAACGUCUGAGGGAAAACUCUAUUCUUGGGGUAAGGCCAGCGGAGGACGUUUGGGUCAUAAUCAGCUGGACAAACAAGUACAAUGUUUGAGUACUCCAAAACUUAUCAAUAAUUUACAAACAAAAAUCAUCAUAGAUGUAGCCAUAGGCGUUUCUCAUUGUUUGGCUUUAAGUUCAAAUGGUGAGGUUUUCGGAUGGGGACGCAAUGACUACCAGCAAAUAUGUCCGGCAUCUAUAUGCCGUGAUCCUUUAGUUAAACAACCUAUAUUGGCCACACAUCCCUCGGUUUAUGCUUUUGGAAUAGCUUGUGGUGCCGCACAAAGUAUUAUCUGGAGUCAAACAUCUAUACAGGGUAUUCCAUCCCGUAUUCCCUUUGUAAUAGAUUUAAGUGAACAUACUUUUCGUUUAUUGGAUCAAUUAUUGGGUAUGGUCUCUGGUCAGGAUUCCAAUAAUCGUCAAACACCAAAUCAAGAGGCGGAAUGCAUAGCAGUGGCUUGUUUAAAUCUAUUAAGACUUCAGUUGCAUGCUUUAAUAGCCAAUGGUGUUGCCCCUAAAACGGUGGGUCUGUCGGAAGGUUCUCGUCUACUGGUGAGUUUAAAAACUCGCAUUCUAAGUUUAGCGGGUGGUGCCAAUGUCUUAAAAACCAUGCAAGAGGCAGCCCAAUGGGCUUUGCAGGUAGGUUGGAGUGUUUUACUGCCCACCGCUUCGGAAAGAGCACAAACUUUAACUUCACUGCUGCCCUCAGAGCCGGGUAUAUCUACUGCGGGACAUAGAUUUAUGACUGAUCUCUUGGUGGGUUCUCUAAUGGCCGAAGGAGGCUUGGAGACAGCUUUAAAACAAGCCAUACGUUUGGAAUCUAAUGAUUGUGCCGAUAAUGGUCAUAACUUGCCUCUACUACAUCUUAUAAAACAACUAUUGCGCAACAACUCAGCCUUGACUCAAGCUAAACUAACACAAUUACUGCUUAGCACUGGUAUCGUUAAGCCGGAAGAGGAAAGUCCUUCUUUAUCUUCCUUAUCUAUACUACAUUCACAAGAACACUCAAGUCCUAGUUUAGAUCUACUACAUCGUUUUCAACGCCUGCUAUUUUCUCAUAUUCACCAGAGCCCCAAAACAGAAGAUCUAACGGGUGCUGAACUUUUGCUUAGCAAAUAUCUACAAAGUGCUAUUAGUCUCUGUAUACAUUCCCUACAAAAAGCCCAUGAAAUUGCUUUGCAAGGCAAAGAAGGUGUGGCUGAUAUUCUCAUGACUGAUAUAUCCGAUACUCUACUCUAUGAAUUGCUUAUUGGCCUUAUAAUCCUUAAAAGAGAUAAAGCAAAUCUAAUGCCUGCCUUUGAUUGGUCUCAUCAUUUUGUUCCGCUUUUGCAUGCUUUGGAUAACUUGAAUCGUUUAAUAUGUGAUAGUGAUAUUCAGGAUUCCGAUGAUUUGGGUUGGCCGGGUAUUAUAUGUCGUGGUAAUCUUAAAAAUACUACAACCAAUACACAACCAGAAGAGCUGAUGCUGAUAAGAAAACAUGAUUUUGAAAAUCAUAUUUUAGAUGGCGGUAAAUGGGUGAUAAUAACUGGUUAUGUCUGUGAUCUAAACGAUUAUCAAAAUGAAUCUGCCGCCGUGAAUGAUUUUCUUGAAGAUAGCAUUGGUAAAGAUCUUUCCUCGGAAUUAGGUAAUACUACCUAUCGUUCCUGCUUAGAAUUUAUAUUAAAUCAUCAUAAAGUCGGACGCUACGCUCCGAAUAUAAGUGAAGAAAAGCCUCAUUUGCAACAAAGUAAAGUGCUAACCCAUUUUAACUCUGAAAGAUGUUUAUCUUAUCUAUUGGGUCUAGUAGCUAACACCCUACAGAUAGGUCCUCCUCCACAACCAGCCGAGUUACAAUGUAAAUCUAUUAUAAAAUCCAAUAUCAUAAGUGGUGGCCUGCAGGUAUUACAGCCCAGUAAUCCUUUCGAUGAGGAAAAAGGUGAAGCACGUAGUAGUGCCAGUACAGCUGGUAGUACACCCACAGAACCACCAGUACAUGCCAUAGCCUCGGUAGGAGUAAUGCAAACUUCAGCAAAUAACAUACAACAUCGCAUAGAAACCUUGGUAUCUGGCCUCUCUGAUGGUCGUUUAACUGAUCCUUUGGUAGUUACUUGGAUGACUAUAUCGGAACGUUUUUGCAAGGAUAACAAUUUAAUAUGGCACCAAGAAUUUCCCCCAGAACAUCCGGUACAAGAGUUAGAACGCCUUCUUACAGCAGUCCUUAUAAGGCAUCAAAGUCUGGGCGGUUUAAUACUCUCCACCAUAGAGAAAGAAUUGACUGGAGUUACAGCUGCUAAUUCGGUUUAUAAGCUACCCAAACAAAUUGCCGAAAUAAUACGUUUAAUUUAUCAAACUAAAUGGUCGGUGGUGCGUAUAAGACAGCAGUUAAAUCGUAGUUAUAAGGAGGUGUGUGCUCCCAUGUUGGAACGUUUACGUUUUCUGCUCUAUGAAAUAAGACCAGCUGUUAGUCUAGAACAGGAGGGUUUACGCAAACUGUCUAUACUGCACAAAUUGCCACGUUUUAAACAAAUUGUACGUAAGAUUAUAGCGGAAAUGCGUGUGGCUAAGAAGCAAUUGGUAUGUGCUAAACCGGAGGAUAUUUUAAAUGUUACAAUACAAAGUCAAAAUGUGGCACAGAAGUUGCAGUCACAAUCACAAGAAUCUCUUUUGGAAGCCGGCUUAUCUGUUAGCAUCGAUAAAAAUUCAACAUUAGCCACAGAUCCUUCUCUUAUGCCGAUUGCAACAGUCCAAAUACCUUCGCCUCUUACCAAUCAUCCUUCUAAUGAGAAUCUACUCGAAGGCAGUGAUAACAAUCUUAUUUUAUCCGAACGUAAAACAUCAAGUGAAGAAAUUAAAUUUCAAGCAUCUGAUCUUGAUUUUGAUGAUAAAAAACCCGAACAGGAACCCAGACUUAGUAACGAUGUCAUACGUAAACUCUGUGAAAAAUGGUAUUUUUCUGGCGAUCUAAAUACUCAAUUAAUGAAUGAAAUUGUCGAAUUUGUUAUGCAAGAAAUCUGUGAUGUUGAAACGGUACGACGAGCCAUGUACUGUCAAGUGCAACGCUAUCAAAUACGUCGCCAAGGUUUAGAAAUGUUUCACACAAUUCUGCAAGUAAAUGGUCUUAUGGAUGCAGUGAAAUAUAAUAUGUUAAGUGGUUAUUUAGGUUUACAUCUAAAGGGUAAUAAACAUACUACCACAAAUAUUUUGGAUGAUGUUGGCUCUAUAACAGCGUUCCAAAAGGCGAAUUUAAUUUUGGCUCAGGCUCGUAUUUUAGAAUGGGCCGUACAAGAAUUACAAAGACUGGUUAAUCAAGAACAAAUACAUUUAAAAUCGAAACAUAAUAAUGCUGGCAAGGAUAAUACCAAUUUGGGUACUUAUGUAUUCUUGAAGAAAUUGCCCAGAGCCAGAUUUCUUUUAAGUAUUUUCGGUAUAUUGGCUAAGGAUAUAGGAGCUAAUGAACUUAGUUUACUUAUUAACUCGGGCACAUUGGGUACGGUAUUGGGUUUGUUAAGUCAAACCGGAGGUGAUGUGCCGGCAGUUAAAAACACCUAUGAAUUAUCUACAGUUUAUGAGGAUACUAUACUCAAGCAAAAAUCAAAUAAAGCUAAUUUAACAGGACCAGAAUUGGCGAAGCUAAUGAAGAUUGGUACACGAAUUGUUAGAGGAGCUGAUUGGAAAUGGGGUGAUCAAGAUGGUAAUCCACCGGGUGAGGGUAGAAUCAUAAGUGAAGUGGGUGAAGAUGGUUGGGUACGCGUUGAAUGGUAUACGGGAGCCACAAACUCUUAUCGCAUGGGCAAGGAGAAUCAAUAUGAUUUGCGUUUAGCCGAUAGUGCAUUAAAUAUUGUUUCUCCCGAUUCUGAGACUGAAAAAGAUGAAAUUGCCAGUGAUUCUUCCUUGAAUGGUGAAUCUCAUCCUACGAAAUUAUUACGUUAUGCUUGUACGAAGCUAUUGCAAAUCGUUUCCGUGGGCAUUGGUUUACAUUCCGAAAAAAUGGACAAGAAUGCUGUGCGAGGCAUAUCAUCUAUGUUUCGUGCUAUUUUAAAUCCCGACUCAACCUUGGCCAACAUUUGCGGUUUAGACAAUUGGACUACUUUGGGUUUUCUAAAGGCGAUUGCAGGUGAAUCUGCAAUUCUAUCAAAGUAUUUAACAUCACCCAUUUGGAUAGAUUUCUAUAUAAACUUAUUGGAACAGCCAACAGUGCGUGAACAAGAUGUUUUUCGUAAAAUACAUUGCUUGCGACUACUACAAAUUGUAUUAAUUCACUGGACCGAUGAAAGCGAUCUGCCACAAAUGAGCUCUCUAGUACGACAAAUAUUCUCUACUUUAGGCAAAAUUACUCUAUAUUGCCCUAAUGAUUCGUCGCUUUUACAAACAACGGCGGAAAAUAAACCUCGAAUUCUAUUGACCGCUUCCCACUCGGGGACCGUAGCUGAAGAAAUUAUAACAUUACUGAGAAAAUUACAUACUCUUCCCAUAUGGAAUACGGCCAUAAAUUCGUUUCUUUCGCAAAAGCUUUGUGUGGCGGCUGAAUUAUUUGGGGAAGAUGGUUUGGAUUUACAGCAUUUGGAGAAUGAAUAUAUAUUUGUAAUGGGUGUUUUAACAACUAUCGGUGGUUGUGAUAUACGACCAAGAGUGGGAUUGCAGGUUUGCCAUGAAGGUACUACUGCUACAAUAUGUGGUUUUACUACUAAGGGAAAAUGUCUAUUGAGCACCGACAAUCAGUCAUUAAAUGGUGAAUGUAGAAAGAUCUCUUUAAGUGCUGCUCUGGAGAGUGCUGACUAUUCGGUAUUUAGUUUAUCACGUUUGCCUAUGAAUGAAAUGUUGCUUAACUCUUGGUCGGUAUUAUUGUAUGGUCCCGGAGAACGUAAGGAAUCUGUACCGAACAUUAUAGAUAUAAGUUUGUUGAGAUCUCAACAAAUACAGUUGUCAGUUUUAAACUCAAACUGUGUGCUCUAUAGACAUCAAACUUCAUUGAGAAAGAUAUUAAAACAAAGAUCACCGGGAAUGUGCUCAUAUUCCUCCGAAGAAAGUGUUUCAGAAGAGGAACAAGCUCAAAAAUCUGCCGGCAAUGUUGAGCAGCAUAAUCAAAAUGAGGUUAAUAAUGAAGAACCUUUGAAUAGUUCAUUUGUUGGUUCUAAUGAAACGGAACUACUCAUACAAAGCAUACUUAUACGAGCUACCCAACCUUCUCCAGUCAAGGCCUGCUAUACCUAUAGUGAAUUAGCUACAGCUGCUCUUAAUUGUUCCCAGGUUUUAGCCUCACAAGUACACUCGGAGUUAAAUGAUCUGACCUCAUCUACAUCACGUUUAGGUGGUAUAAUGCCCACAAUGCAACCCACCAUGAUACAUGGUACUCCCAUCUAUAAUAUGGGUGUUUAUGAUGAAGCUACUGGCACUUCGAAUACCUCGAAUCCUUCUAAUUUAGAAUUAAAAGAAACAGAUACAUCUAUCAACACUUCGGCUUCCUUAAUUUCGCAAAUCAUGGAAAUGGGUUUUAGUAAAAAAUCUGUGGAAUUGGCUGUAAAACAACUUACUAUUUAUCCAAUGACACCAACACCCGAGCAAAUUGUUCAAUGGAUAUUAGAACAUCCCGAUAUUUGUAAUAAUACUAUAGAUCCCGGCGACUAUAAUGAUCCCACAGAAAUAAUGGGACACUCAACAUCAGAUGCUUCUUUGCCUCAACAACAGAAAUUAAGUUCAUUGCAAGAUCCCGAAUGUGAUAUUGAUAAUGAAAGUGUUGACACUAGUUCGGAUACUGUGGAGGGUUCUUCGAUACAAGAUCAACCAUUUAAAUAUGAGACUAGACAAGAUUUUCAAACCGCCGAUCAGUAUGCCAUGUAUGUAAGAGGUCUAGUGUGUCCGGGCAUGAUAGUACGUUGUUGUCGUGAUUUUGAGGAAAUUAAAAAAGGCGACAUUGGUACUGUUCUUAAGGUGGACACCGAAGGUCUUCAUGAUCUUAAUGUGCAAGUUGAUUGGCAAUUACAUGGUACCACCUAUUGGGUGUGUUUUGUGCAUAUUGAGCUAUUGGAAAAACCUGUAGAAAAACUAACUUCAACGGCUAUGAAUUUAGAGAGACAAACAUCGCAAAUUGUUAUAGGUUCCCAGGUGCGCAUGAGAGCGGCACCACGCUAUAAAUGGGGUAAUGUAAUGCGCGGCAGUGUGGGUACAGUAACCGCUGUUUGUGGCAAAAAUAUUAGUGUUGAUUUUCCCCAACAUCCGGGAUGGAAGGGUUCCGUAAAUGAUAUAGAAACGGUGGGUACCUCUGUACAAGGCAGUACCCUCUUGGGUUUCAACAGCCUAUCAGCACCAGCAGCUUCGGAUCUAAUAGAAGAUUGGUCGCGCUGCAUACGUUCUUUGAGUGUGUCUUCAAAUGAAAUGACAGCUAAACAUUUACUUGAUCGUAGUCCCAACUGUUGGCAAAGUUCUUCGAGUACCCAGGGAAAACAUUGGAUUCGUUUGGAAAUGCAUGAAAAUGUUUUAGUGCACAGUCUGACCGUUACGGUGAGUCCUUCCGAUCAUUCGCAUAUGCCUUCGUUGGUGGUGACACGUGUGGGAGAUAGUAUUGGUAAUUUAAAAGAAUAUUCCUGGAUAUCGAUUAAAAAUACUGAUACCACAGUACCUCUUAUGACCGAUGUAAGGCAAUAUUAUCCUUGGAUUGAAAUAGUUAUAAAACAGUGUCGCAAUAAUGGCAUACAAUGUAAAGUUCACUCGCUGAAUAUCAUUGGAAGGCGUAAACAAACUGAUUUGGAUUUAAUGCUAAUGAAUGCUUCAUUUUUGGCUUGUGAAUACGAUAAUAUGUCCGAUUCUAAUCAAAAUCUUUCUUUAUCCUCUUAUGCCGAUCCUAAAUCAUCGUUAUGUGAUCCUCCUUGUACCGUUAUGGUUUGGGGUUUGAAUGAUAAAGAACAAUUGGGUGGCUUGAAAGGUUCCAAGGUUAAAGUACCGACUUUCUCUCAAACCAUAAGUCGUUUAAGACCGAUACAUAUUGCUGGUGGUUCUAAAUCCCUAUUUAUAGUCUCACAAGAUGGUAAAGUUUAUGCUUGUGGAGAGGGUACUAAUGGUAGAUUGGGUCUGGGAACAAGUGCUAAUAUUUCAGUGCCGCGUCAAGUUCCCGUUUUACACCAAUACGUUGUCAAAAAGGUGGCUGUUCAUUCGGGUGGCAAACAUGCUUUGGCUUUAACUUUAGAUGGAAAAGUAUUUUCAUGGGGCGAAGGAGAAGAUGGCAAACUUGGCCAUGGUAAUCGCUUAACUAUGGACAAACCUAAAAUGAUUGAAUCUUUAAGGUCUAAGAAAAUAAGAGACAUUGCUUGUGGCUCUUCUCACAGCGCUGCCAUAACAUCAGCGGGAGAGCUGUACACCUGGGGCUUAGGCGAAUAUGGCCGUUUGGGUCAUGGCGACAAUGCUACACAAUUGAAACCGAAACUUGUGGCUGGUUUAAGUGGUAAACGGGUUAUACAAGUGGCCUGUGGAAGUCGAGAUGCACAAACGUUGGCUUUAACUGAAGAUGGUGCCGUUUACUCCUGGGGUGAUGGUGAUUUUGGUAAAUUAGGUAGAGGUGGUUCAGAAGGUUCUUCGGUACCUCAUGAAAUCGAACGUUUAACCGGUAUUGGUGUCAUACAAAUUGAAUGUGGUGCUCAAUUUAGUUUGGCCUUAACGCGUACAGGCGAAGUAUGGACUUGGGGUAAAGGAGACUACUAUCGUUUGGGUCAUGGUACCGACCAACAUGUGCGAAAACCACAAACCAUACAGGGACUACGAGGACGUAAGGUCAUACAUGUAGCCGUAGGAGCUUUACAUUGUUUAGCCGUCACAGAUACCGGACAGGUUUAUGCAUGGGGAGAUAAUGAUCACGGCCAGCAGGGAUCUGGUAAUACGGUGGUGAAUAAAAAACCUGCUUUAGUUAUAGGUUUAGAUUCGGUUUUCGUAAAUCGUGUAGCUUGUGGAAGCUCUCAUUCUAUUGCUUGGGGUCUACCGCAAUCACCGUCAGAAGAUGAAAAGAAAGGCCCGGUACCAUUCGCCACCACUAAGGAUCCUUUGGGUGGCACCAGUUUGGGAAUAUAUGAUGCUGAACCAGUUACUACCACAACAUCAUCAGCCAUUAGUUCGACCACCAAAAAUUCCGUAAAAGUCAGUUUGAGUGAAACUUUGUUAAAUCUUGAAACGAACGGUGCUCGCCAGACAGCUUUGAACUAUGUACUCAAUGCCAUGAGUAUUUUACAGGCCCGUCAGCUAAUUGUGGCCGCCUUAACCAGUCACAGCAAGGUUAAUUUGAAUGAGCGCGUAAGCAGUGAAAUUGAACAUGAUUAUGGCAGUUUUAGAGAGAAUUCUGGUCACAACAAUAAUGCUCAACAGCAAACUAACAAUAAUGCUAAUGAUAUUAUAGCCCAAGGAGGAGGGGAAGCCUUGGCAGAUGCCACCGAUCCAGCCGUACAUGAGCCAUCACCUGAGGCUGAUAUACAACCUGCCCCUGCAGGUCCUUUAAGUGCUUUUCAAAGUUUGACGGGAUCUCUAUCACUGUCAGCCUCUUUGUCUAGUGCCGCUCCACACAAACAUUCGAAAAUGUCCGCUAGUGCCAUGUCCGUCAUGGCAGCCACUAUGACCAAUCAGGAAGAAAUGAUAAAUGAGACUUCUUUAACCGGAUUAGAUGAUUUUACCUCCUUACUAGGAGAAUCAGAGGCUAAGAGUUUGGUUGAAUUAUUAAAACUAAGUGUUGCCGGUAGAACUGGACCUUCAAGUACUUCACAGACCAUUGCGGAGACUUUGAUAGCAUUGGGUUCGAAUAGUCCUUCCAUAGGAGCUAUGUUAUUGGAAACUUGUAUAACCGAAUUGGAAGAUCUGUGUACUUCCCGUCAUAGCUUAGGCAAAGUUCCAAAACCGGUAAUGCAGGAAAGCAGUCAUCCUUACGUUGAUAAUGUAACCACCAAUGGUCAUGUUAAAAUACCGGGAGCUGAAGCCUUACGUUUGGAAUUUGAUUCGAAUUGUUCGACCGAGAAACGUAAUGAUCCUUUAGUUAUAAUGGAUGGCUCAGGACGUAUAAUUGCCAUGAGAUCUGGACGAGAAUUUGCCCACUGGGCUUCAGAGAUACGUAUACCCGGAGAUGAAAUGCGUUGGAAAUUUACCUCCGAUAGCUCGGUUAAUGGUUGGGGUUGGCGUUUUUGGGUACAUGCCAUAAUGCCGGCUUCUUUGAUGAACGAACGGGGCUCUGAUCGAGCAGUGCUCUCUCAGCCAUCUAUGCCUUUAGUGAUGGCGUUGUUAGAUGAGCGUUUGAGUCCCAACAAUAGCAGUGUUUUGUUGCGUUUAGCGGCUGCCUUGGCGUCGUGUGCUCAACUGAAUUCACUGACCACUGCUCAACGUAUAUGGUCGUUAAAACGUUUACACGCAGUAUUACUCUCGAAAUAUGCUCCCAAACCAUUAGAUGUUUCUUUGAACCCCAUACUUAUGCCUUUGAUACCAGAACUUUUGCGUCAAUACGAGUACGAAGAACCUCAAGUGAGGGGAGGCAUACACCUCAUGCAUUCGGAUUACUUUAAAACUUUAGCAGCUUUGGCAUGUGACAUGCAAUUAGACUCGGUAUUACCACCAGCUGACGUUCAUAAAUGGGCCUGGUUUAAGAGAUAUUGCAUAGCCGUAAGAGUGGCUCAGUCUUUAAUUAAAAGAAGCGAAUUGCCCAAAGCAUUUUGUAUGGAAGUACGCAAGAAAUUUGCCGAAAUGAUGCCUCAACCACAAAUACAUACGCCUCAAGCAGGAGGUUCCAUGAUGAAUAGUACAACUUCCAUCGGAUCCUCCACAAGUACGGCUAGUAAUCCAACGCCUUCGCCACAACCUUGUCUACCCGGUUGUUCUUCUUCCUCGAAUAUGGUUAAUACUUUAACACCCAGUUCUAGCAGCUUAAUACAAUACAUUGACACAGUGAUGACCUUAUCUCUGCACGAAAAUAUGGCUUCAUGUGGUGGCGCAGCUUGCAGCUCAAAUGUAGCCGUCGAAAAUAUACAGUUUAUGCAUGAAGACCAUAAUCUGUUUAAAGCCGAACAUGAUAGCCAGCUUUUGCAGUGGCUCAAUAGACGUCCCGAUGAUUGGGCUUUGUCGUGGGGCGGAGCCAGCACUAUUUAUGGCUGGGGUCAUAAUCAUCGUGGCCAAUUGGGUGGCUUAGAAGGAAGUCGCAUUAAAACGCCUACACCUUGUGAAGCUCUGAGUUUGCUAAGGCCCGUACAAUUAGCCGGAGGAGAACAGACAUUAUUUGCUGUUACACCCGAUGGAAAACUAUUUGCCACCGGCUAUGGUUGUGGUGGACGUUUGGGUGUUGGAGGUACAGAUUCUUGGGCUGUGCCGACUCUAGUAGCUUCUUUGCAACAUGUUUUCGUUAAGAAAGUAGCAGUUAAUUCGGGUGGCAAACAUUGCUUGGCUUUGACAACCGACGGUGAAGUGUAUUCUUGGGGAGAAGGAGAAGAUGGUAAAUUGGGCCAUGGAAAUCGCAUGAGUUAUGAUCGUCCUAAGUUAAUAGAUGAUCUCACCGGCAUAGGUAUAGUUGAUAUAGCCUGUGGCAGUGCUCAUUCAGCAGCUAUUACAUCAUCGGGUCAUGUUUUAACGUGGGGAAAAGGUCGUUAUGGCCGUUUGGGUCAUGGUGAUUCUGAAGAUCAAUUAAGGCCGAAAUUGGUAGAAGCCUUAUUAGGCUAUCGAGCCAUAGAUAUAGCUUGCGGUUCGGGAGAUGCUCAGACUUUGUGUAUAACAGACGACGAUAAUGUUUGGAGUUGGGGUGAUGGCGAUUAUGGCAAGCUGGGACGUGGUGGCUCAGAUGGUUGUAAAGUUCCUGUUAAAAUCGAAAGUUUAUCUGGUUUGGGUGUUAUUAAAGUUGAAUGCGGUUCACAAUUUUCGGUGGCUUUAACUAAAUCUGGUGCUGUCUACACCUGGGGUAAAGGCGAUUUUCAUCGUUUGGGCCAUGGCACAGUAGAUCACGUUAGACGCCCCAAAAAAGUUGCAGCUUUACAAGGCAAAAAAGUUGUUUCUAUUGCUACUGGCUCUUUGCACUGUGUAGCCUGUACAGAUAGUGGAGAAGUGUUUACUUGGGGUGAUAAUGAUGAAGGCCAACUGGGAGAUGGUACCGUAAGUGCCAUACAAAGACCGCGUCUGGUGCAGGCAUUGACGGGCAAACAUAUUGUUAAGGUGACAUGCGGCUCAGCUCAUACUUUGGCUCUCUCCACAUCUCAGCUAUCGGAAAGGGUACGGCCACCACCUAAUCCCCCCUUGGAGUAUGAUUUAGUAAGAGAUCUACCACCAGAAGAUUUACAUGCUCGUCUAGUAUUAUUACAUCACUUUUCGGAGUUGUUGUGCCCUUGUUUGGCCAUGUUACCCAUAACAGGUGAUCUAAGUUUGGGCGCCUUAAAAGAUGUCUUAGUUUAUACCAUUAAAGAGGCCGCCUUCCGUAAGGUUAUACAAACCACCAUGGUGAGAGAUAAACAGCAUGGUCCCGUUAUUGAAUUAAAUCGCAUACAAGUUAAACGUUCACGCAACAAGUCGGUCAAUGGUUUGGCCGGAGUUGAUGGCAUGAAAAGUGUAUUUGGUCAAAUGGUUCAAAAGUUACCGCUGCUAACACAAGAGGCUUUAUCCUUGCCGCAUCGUGUUUGGAAAGUUAAAUUUGUGGGUGAAUCGGUGGAUGAUUGUGGUGGCGGUUAUAGUGAAUCUAUUGCGGAAAUGUGUGAUGAAUUACAAAACGGCAGUGUUCCGCUGCUAAUAGGUACACCCAAUGGACGAGGAGAGGCAGGAGCCAAUCGUGAUUGUUUCCUUUUAGAUCCAACACUUACAUCAGUAUUACAAAUGAAUAUGUUCCGUUUUCUGGGCGUUCUAAUGGGUAUAGCGGUUAGAACGGGAUCACCCUUAAGUUUAAAUCUUGCCGAACCUGUUUGGCGUCAAUUGGCUGGCGAACAGCUGCGUCCUUCCGAUUUAACAGAAGUCGAUCGUGAUUAUGUUGCCGGUUUACUAUGCAUACGCAAUAUGGAUGAUGAUCCCAAGGUAUUCAGUACCUUAGAACUGCCCUUCUCUACUUCGUCUGCCAAAGGUCAUGAGGUGCCACUUUCAACACGUUAUACACGCAUAACACCACAAAAUCGCCAGGAAUAUGUACGUUUAGCUUUGAAUUUCCGUUUACAUGAAUUCGAUGAACAAGUUAAAGCCGUACGAGAUGGCAUGUCCAAAGUAAUACCCGUCCCUCUACUAUCAUUAUUCUCUGCCGCCGAACUGCAGGCCAUGGUCUGUGGUUCUCCCGAUAUACCGUUAGGUCUUCUUAAAUCCGUCGCCACCUAUAAGGGUUUCGAUCCCAAUUCGGCUAUCGUUCAAUGGUUUUGGGAAGUUAUGGAAGAGUUUUCGAAUCAGGAACGUUCUUUAUUUUUACGUUUCGUUUGGGGUCGCACUCGUCUACCACGCACAAUUGCCGAUUUUCGAGGCCGAGAUUUCGUUUUACAGGUUUUAGAGAAAAAUCCGCCCGAUCACUUUUUACCCGAAAGCUAUACCUGUUUCUUUUUGUUAAAGAUGCCAAGAUACUCGUGUAAAGCCGUUUUAUUGGAAAAACUAAAAUAUGCCAUACAUUUUUGCAAAAGCAUUGAUACUGAUGAAUAUGCCCGUGUUGCUAUGGGCGAUCCCACCGAAGCAACCGGCAGCGAAGAUAAUAGUGACUUAGAAUCAGUAGCAUCAAACGAAGUUUAAAAAUUAAAAAAAACUUACAAAAAUGAUCAAAAAUUAUAAAAUAUAAAAUGAACAAACAGAAAAUUAAUAUUAUAC